CCAAAGCUUGUUCAUAUGGAAAACAAAGAAACUCAGUCUCUCUCUCUCCUCCUCUGUCUGUGAAUAGAAUCUCCCCCAUUGUUUUAAUUUCUCUCUUCCUUCAAAGUUUUGCUAUCUUUCUUGAUGGGUUAUAAGAGAGACAAGAUCAUCAUCAAGUACUAGAUGCAUUAAACUGAGAGUUAAACAAACAAAAAAAAAUCAUUGUUUUGAAGUAACUAAAAGGUUUUUGAAAAGACCCUUUUGUAGUGUUGUUUGAUGAUGAAGAGAUUAAGUAGUUCAGAUUCAGUGGGUGGUCUCAUCUCUUUAUGUCCCACUACUUCUACAGAUCAGCAGAGUCCAAGAAGAUACGGGAGAGAAUUUCAGUCGAUGCUUGAAGGCUACGAGGAGGAGGAAGAAGAAGCCAUAACCGAGGAAAGAGCACAAACCGGUCUAGCCGAGAAGAAGAGACGGUUAAGCGUUAACCAAGUAAAAGCCUUGGAGAAGAAUUUCGAGUUGGAGAACAAACUGGAGCCAGAGAGGAAAGUGAAGUUAGCUCAAGAGCUUGGUCUACAACCUCGUCAGGUAGCUGUUUGGUUUCAGAACCGCCGCGCACGGUGGAAGACAAAACAGCUCGAGAAAGAUUACGGUGUUCUCAAAACACAAUACGAUUCUCUCCGCCAUAACUUCGAUUCCCUCCGCCGUGACAACGAUUCUCUUCUUCAAGAGAUCAGUAAACUAAAAGCUAAGCUUAACGGAGAGGAGGAAGAAGAUGAUGAGGAAGAUAACAACUUGGCGACGAUGGAGAGUGAUGCUUCCGUCAAGGAAGAAGAAGUUUCGUUGCCGGAGAAGAUCACAGAACCGCCGUCUUCUCCUCCGGAGCUUCUAGAACAUUCCGACAGCUUCAAUUACCGGAGUUUCACCGACCUCCGUGACCUUCUUCCGUUAAAGGCCGCGGCUUCCUCCGUCGCCGCCGCUGGAUCGUCGGACAGUAGCGAGGGAAGUAGCUCUAACGUUACGGCGGCGGCUCCGGUGACGGUUCCCGGCGGUAGUUUCGUGCAGUUUGUGAAAAUGGAGCAGACGGAGGAUCACGACGACUUUCUGAGUGGAGAAGAAGCGUGCGGUUUUUUCUCCGAUGAACAGCCACCGUCUCUGCACUGGUACUCCACCGUUGAUCAGUGGACUUGAAGCUGUGAGAUUUUGAAUUGGAUUAAAAUGCUCUCUUCUUUUUCUCUGUGGGUUCGCCGGAGAAGAUGGAAAAGAUGGAGGGCGAAAUGGGAAUAAUGGUAAAAUUGUAAGGGUGAAUUGGGAAAAAAAUAAGGAAGGUUAAUUCGAAUGGGCAAUUAGGGUGAAUUUGUAAUUAUGCUUUCUCUGGCGUUUCGUGCACUUCUUGUAAUUAAGGAUUAUGAGAAUCUGAGAAAGGGGUGAAAGGGAGAAAACUAAACAUGGAAUCUUUUAGCUUCAAAA